UCCAGUGUGUUUAGUGUGUGUGUCCGUAUUUUCUACUCAGUUUUUCAUUUUUAUUUUUAUUUUAAAACCCUAAAAUUCUUUGAAAAGUGAUACAUUCCAGAAACCAUAAGCUAAAUAAAUAAAAGUGCCUCAUAAUUGUGUUGGCUUCACUUGUGCCGGAGCAGUAACACAAAAUUGUAAAUGGUUUAAACGACGAAUACAAAGAGGAGAAAAGCAACAAGAAAUCUUCAAUAGUGAAUCUGUGAACAGAAAAUGUCGAAAAAUAAGUUCCACACAUUACCAAAUGUAGCAACAAAUAUAAUUGAAGUGAAAUCUAAGUUCGAUGCCGAAUUUCGACGUUUCGGCCUUAAACGCAACGAUGAACCGGCCAGCUUUGAAAAUUUUAAUAAUCUCGUCCGUCAAUUACAUGGCUUAGCCAAUAUAUCAUUCGUUAUACGAUACAUAGAUCCACGAGAUGAAGAACUACUGCCCAUCAACAACGAUGACAACUUUGGGCGUGCCUUAAAAACAGCUCAACCUCUUCUACGCAUAAUCGUUCAACGUGAAUCAGACUUGGAAUAUGGUUGUCCCCGGCCCAAAAAUAAUUUCAACAUUAUCAGUAUGCUUGGUCAGACGAGUGCAAAACCGAGGGGACCACCGAUUUCAUUACCGCAUGAUUUUCGCCAGGUGUCAGCCAUCAUAGAUGUGGACACUGUGCCCGAAACACAUCGAAGGGUACGCUUACUGAAGCAUGGUAGUGAGAAACCUUUAGGUUUUUACAUACGUGAUGGCACGUCGGUGCGAGUAACACCUAAUGGCCUUGAAAAGCAACCGGGUAUAUUUAUAUCACGACUUGUACCGGGUGGUUUGGCUGAGAGUACUGGAUUGUUGGCUGUCAAUGAUGAGGUUAUAGAAGUAAAUGGCAUUGAAGUAGCUGGAAAAACGUUGGAUCAGGUUACCGAUAUGAUGGUCGCGAACAGCUCAAAUUUAAUCAUCACGUUUAAGCCGGCCAAUCAAAGGACACUGACAUCUCCACGUCGUGGUUCCCUCUCGCGAACUAGUCAAGUAUCGAGCGGUUCUCAUCAUACAAAUCACACAAACACAUCCGAUGAACUGGAACAAGAUGAUCAAGAUGAGAUUGUAGACUUAACGGGCAUAACGCUUGACGAUAAUGCCGGCGGUGGAGGAGGUGGCAGUGGCCUCUCACACCAACAAUCACAACAACAACAGCAUCAUCCACAUCAAUUAGCGACCGGUGGUGUGGCAGGAGGAAAUGGCGCCCCCAUUGUUGAAUCCAGAGAUGGCGUUUUACAUCUCUGAGUUUUUAUAAUAAUAAUUUUAACGUUAACUAUAAAAAAUGUAUUGUAUGGGAACUUAAGUUUUAAACGCAAGAGUCUAUUGAUUGACGUACCACCAACACCAACACCACGAGUACCACUGCAAUUCCUUCUGCCACCACUACUACUGCAACUGGAAGGAGUUAACUAUUAUGGCUUAUACUAUCAACUUUAGGUUAUCUAUCACAACUGUUGAAUAUUUCCGUCCGUUUUAAAGAAAAUUAUAUACUAUUUUAUUAUUUUGGGGGGUUCUCAAGAAAGAAACUUAUUAAGAAAAGAGUAAACGAAUCCUUAAAGGAUAUUGGGUGUACCCUCAAUGGCCGAUACUUAACUAUUAACUAUCAAAUCCGAUCCACAUUACGAUGACUUUUGCCUAGACUUGACAAUCGUAUGCUUAAUACCCUUAACAUUUAUAAAAAAAUUCCAAUGAGACAUAUCUUCUACUGCUAUACGUUUUUGUUUAUAAGUGGAAAGUGUUGAAUAAUUAAUUAUUGGCUUUAAAAUAAAACAAUUGAAGAACCAUUCAAAAAACCAAGAAGACUUAAAGACAAAAAUUGAUAAACCAAGUUAACAAUUAUUGAUUUGUAAUAACAAAAACAAAAAAAAAAAAAAACAAAA